CAUCAGCAAGGAGCUUAUUGAUGCUCACACCUCAGACCGUUCGGUGCGCCUGCAGCGAGGUCAGUGUCCUCUGACAGGCCGCGUUCUCGCGAGACUUCGACUCUGGACUGCUGGACUAUCGUUCAGGGUUACCUGAGAGGACAGCGUUAGACGAUACAGUCCUGUCAAGGUUAACAUGUCUCAUAAUGAUGAAGGAUAUGUGGUACGGAUCCGUGGUUUGCCUUGGUCGUGCACACAAGAGGAAGUGGCCUCCUUUUUCUCUGAUUGUGACAUUGUAGGGAAAGUGAAUGGGGUGUGUUUUACCUUCUCCAAAGAGGGAAGGCCGAGUGGAGAAGCGUUUGUGGAGCUGAAGACAUCAGCGGAUUUUAAAAAGGCUUUGGCAAAAGAUCGUAAAUACAUGGGUCAUCGUUACAUCGAAGUGUUCAAGUCGAACCGUAGUGAGAUGGAUUGGGUGCUGAAACGCUCCGGUCCCACAGACUAUGACAGCAGCAGCGGUUGCAUGUUGCGUCUAAGAGGACUGCCAUUCGGCUGCAGUAAAGAAGAAAUUGUACAGUUCUUUUCAGGGUUGAAAAUCGUGCCAAAUGGGAUAACAUUGCCGAUGGACUACCAGGGGAGGAGCACAGGGGAAGCCUUCGUGCAGUUUGCCUCAAAGGAGAUAGCAGAAAAGGCUCUGGGGAAACACAAGGAAAGAAUAGGGCACAGGUACAUAGAGAUAUUCAAAAGCAGCCGAAAUGAAAUGCGUGCAUACUAGGUACCCCGGAGGAUGAUGGGACAGAGGCCUAGUCCAUAUGACAGACCCAUGAUGGGACGCGGGGGCUUCUUUGGGCCCGGGCCUGGAAGGGGAGGUGCUGUCCUGGACCAGAUGCGCAGCGGAGGCGGUUACAGCAGCGGAUAUGGUGGGUUUGACAACUACAAUGGCUUUAACAACUACUGCUUUGGUAACGGCAUGUUUGAAGAGCGUGUGCGUGAUGAUAGAGGAAGAGGAAAAAUGGGGGGUCAUGGUUACAGCAGCGACUCAAACUCAGGCUUUCACAGUGGACAUUUUGUGCACAUGAGAGGCCUACCCUUCCGCGCUACAGAGGCAGAUAUUGCACAUUUCUUUGCCCCUUUAAUUCCUGUGAGGGUGCACAUUGAUGUAGGACCUAAUGGAAAGUCUACAGGAGAGGCAGACGUUGAGUUUGGAUCUCACGAAGAUGCUGUAUCUGCCAUGUCAAAAGACAAGAAUCAUAUGCAGCAUCGUUACAUUGAGCUUUUCCUGAAUUCAACUUCAAGUGGGCCAUCCGAAAUGGGCCGCGGAGGAGGUUUCUAUGGCAACUCUGGCGGUAUGGGCUCUCGAGGAAGUGGACUAAGGGGGAUGUAUUGAGGAUGCUUACAAAUCAUGCACUUUUCAACCCAAAGUUGGAACUUCCAGCUUGGAAGGUCUUUUUAUAUGAAUAUGUUUUCACAUGUUCCUAUGAAAUAUGCCCAAACUAUUUUCCAGGCUUGAAGAAAAUGAAAUCUAAAUCCAUCUAUAUAUCUAAUAUAUAUAUAUUUGAGCUGUGGCAUAUAUACUGACCGGCUACUGUACAUUUUGCUUAAUGAAUUUUAUAUGACAUUGUGUUAAAGUCUAACUAAGGGUGUUUUCAGACCUGUAGAUCGUUUGCUUUGUUCCGAAACAAGGACUUAAGUUGUUACAAUUUUGCAUUUUCUUUUUGGUUUGGUUUUUGCAAAGCAUACCAAACUGUGUUUAUGAAGGUCACAUGUGAGUAAAACUGUCCUCUAAUUGGUCAGUUAACCGGUUUACGUUCCUCUGCGUCAUUCAUCAAGAUGGACUGACAAGUUCGCUCGGCGGGCUUAUUGUGGCUUUAUAGCUACAAUAAGCCCGCGGAGCGAACUUGUAAUAUGAAGAGCUGCUCUUUGGUUUUCAACUGCAAUAACAAAUAUUCUCACUCACAGAAUCAGACACUGACUGCUGCUUUUUAUGUAGCAUAUUUCCCGUUAUGAAUUAUGAUGCUGCUUGGUUCUUUGGUCUGUUGGGUCGGGUUGCUUUCUCACCAUGAGCGAACCACUCCAGAGUCCGUUUGCAAUCGCCCCAAGACCUUAUGCUUGAUUGGUCCGCUUUUGGUGCGCACCCGAGUGUGUGAUUGCUGCAGUCACACCUGCCCAAACGAACCGCACCAAGAGGGACAACGAACUCGAGUGUGAUUUAACUGAACUAAAUGAGGCAGGUGUGAAAGCACCCUAAACAUAUGUGCUUUGUAUGUAUUUUGACUCAGAAUUGAUUAUGAAUCGUUUGAAGCCCAAGUUGCGUGUGUGAGAUUGCACUUUUAUUUUCUUUCCCAAAGCAAUAACAUUAUUUUGGAUGUUUACCUGUUUUUGCUGCUCAGUAAAAUUUCUAAUUGAAACCUGUGAAAUUUACACAUCCAUGGAAUAAAAUCUUUUAUUGAUAUAUUUUA